AUGGUCUCCUUCUGGCCAUGGAAGGGCGACGACAACUCACCGGCCUCGUUUGAGAAGAUUCUGUCAAAUCUUUCCACCAAGAUAUCCAAAACGAGCAGCAGACUCGAUGGCCUUCGACAACGUUCAAGGCGUUUGAAGGUUCUCUGGACUCUGUAUGCCGGUUUUGCAUACCUACUAUGCACUAUCAUCCUUAUACUCGUCGUGGGCUGGAGGAAGUGGGGUCCAACAGAAUAUACAGCAGUCGCCGGCGGCCCCUUCAUUGUAUACCUAGUCAGGCUCGGCUUAGCGACUUAUUAUGAGUAUCGAACCUCGAGCAUACAGAGCCAUCUAGACGAACUGCAAAAGCAGAGAGAUUCUACCAUCGAGAAGCUCAAGGCAGCCACCAAGUAUAAUGACACGCAAGAUUUGCUCAAGAAAUACGGCGGAACACCAACUCCAAAAACAAAGCCUGCAGGGCCCUCUGAGCGUAAGACGACUCCAAAGCAGGGCAACGCGCCGAAAGAUGGGAGAAAAACAGUUGUGCCGCCUCCAACGGCGAAUAUUCCAGGCCGUAAUGGACCUGCAACACUCACGAACAUGCCUCAGCGCACAAUACCUCAAAUCAGAAGCCCUUUAAGCCAAGAUGCUUCUUACGCGGCGUUGGGAGCAACAUCGCCUACCCAGGGGCCCGUGUCUUCCCAAGAUGUUUCCGCGGAAUUUGCGCCCAACGCUUUCUCAGCCGCGCCACAAUACUCUCAAGCUGAUGAGGGAUCACGAUGGUAUGAUCGAAUCAUGGAUGUGCUGCUGGGAGAAGACGAAACGUUGCCGCGAGCUCGUUUGGCUUUGAUCUGCAGCAACUGUAGGCUCGUAAACGGCCAAGCACCUCCAGGAGUGAAGCGGUUAGAAGAUGUUGGCAAAUGGCGAUGUGGAGGCUGCGGUGCUACGAACGGGGAGGAGAGUGAGACGAAGAAGAUUGUUGCAAGCAUCGGAAAGCAGGCGUCUGCCGAAGCGAGGCAUUCUGAGGAAGAAGAAGAAGCCAACUCGGGAAUAAGAUAUCACGGUGUGAACCAUAAAGACGCUCCCGCUACUCAAGAUAAUGGUUCUGAAAGCGAUGUUACUCAGUAUUCGCCUGAAAGCUCGGAGUCAAUGCAAUACAUGGAGCAAAAAAGGGACAAUUCCGCAGAGCCGGAGAACCCAAGACGUCGGUCGACUCGAUCCAAAGCAAGUGGGACGAAGGCCAGUUAG